AUGCCGCCCUCCUCCAAGCGAUCCCAGAGGACUCGCCGAGUCCGGGAUAAAAGUCCCAGCCCUUCGCUUGUCGAGCAGUCAUCACCCUCGCGCCCGGCCAAGCGGAGAAGAAAGGCCCAGGAGCAGCUGUCUGAGCCUAUCGAGGAAGAAAGCUCGAGUCUGACUAUCGAUGCAUCCGGUCUUGAAACCGCCGAACCUGGCGCCGAAGCAGACGCCGAGGAUGACGACAACUUGGUCACUCAAGUCGCCCAGUCUCUUCGCACCCUUCAUACACAUGCAAGCAAGGACCAUGCUAAUGUGAUUCACGAAUCAAACAAUGGCAUUGCUGCGUAUGCCAAGAUAGCAGCGCAGGACUGGACUUACUACAUUAAAUCAACAUCAGUGAAUAUAGGAAGAAACACAGAUACACAGGACCCAGAUGACCCUUCUUAUGUUCAUAUCGAUCUAGGUCCCAACAAAACCUUUUCACGUCAAACAGCUGUCAUCUACUAUAACGCUGAAUCGGAAAACUGGUUUCUUCAAGCUAAAGGUCGUAAUGGUCUCAGGGUUGACGAUGAAGUCUUGCGCAAAUCCGACCCUCCUCACUGCCUCAGCAGCGGCGAGGUGAUUGAGAUUGGUAGCCUGGAAAUGAUGUUUGUCUUGCCUGCCAACUUUGGUCGCGUACGCGUCGCUUCGAGAUAUCUGGAACAGGCGGGGAUAAUUCCUCCCUCCAAUGACUCUCGAACCGCCCUUCCGCCCCUCCCUUCCUCUGAUGCUUCAUCCUCCCAACCCGCGCGAGCAAGUGCGUUGUCUCGCGGUCAGAUUAACCAACAACCCAUCGCACCGGCACCGCCUGAUUACAGGCGCCCGGGUACACCGCCAUCAACGAAAAGCCGUAUCCCAGCAUCCCAAGCAAAGACGCCAGCUCAAAACCCUAUCAGUAGCCAAGACGACAUAGAUCUGGCAAAAGACGAAAAUAAACAUAUAAAACCGCAUUACAGCUAUGCUCAACUUAUAACUCAAGCUAUCAUCACUGCCCCUGGCGAGAAGCUCAAUCUCGCCGGCAUCUACUCGCAUAUCAUGGAGAACUAUGCAUACUAUAGGCACCAGCAGCCGUCUGGUUGGCAGAAUUCAAUUAGACACAACCUGUCCUUAAACAAGGCGUUCAACAAAGCGCCCCGUUCCACUGACGAGCCAGGAAAGGGUAUGAAGUGGGAAAUAGUUCCUGAUCAUCGUUCUGAGAUGAUCCGCACAUGUUGGAAGGGUGGUCGAGGUGGUCACCGAGGCUCUAGUGUUCCCUCGUCUCCAAGCCAGCCUAACCAGAUGACAUAUAUCACGUCGGGCCCCAAAGACAUGGCCAACAAGGAACCUGCUUCUACUCGCAAGCGCAAGGCAAUUUCGCCUGCUACUUCGCCGCCACCGCGGACAUCGUUGAUUCAAUCUGUAGUUACCCCUGACCGCAGGUUUCUCACUGCGAAUCUUCACGAUGACAGCCCGCUUCCCCGCAGUAAUAAGCGGCUGCAACAAGCAAGCUCUUUUGCGGAUAUUCCCCAAUCGCCGCCAGCAUUAUCCUCCUCGUAUCUUCCAGACGAAGGAGCCUCUUUUGUGACACCCGCGCCGCAGCGGCUCCAUCCCAGGCUUGCCCCUCCCAGCACUGCACAGCGUCCGAGCCAGCAUAUGCCGACAAGUUCGCCUGCUCCUUUCUGGAAGUACAUUGAUAUUCAUAGUACACCCCUCAAACCUCCAUAUGAUGUCAGCCCCACCAAGCCUGGGUUACCCAAUAGUAGCAGUCCACCACCACCGGUCGGCGUUGAUCGUUCACCUAUCGCUAGCCCAACUCGGACUACUCGAGGCAAUACUCUAGACCGAGUAACGGCCGUGGACAAUAUCGAGGAGGAUAAUGAGGAGGAAGGCGAGUACGAUCUCACAAAGGGUUUCCAGAGUAUUGGGUCAUUUCACGCAGCUCCGAGCUUUGGGUCAAGUGCAAUCCAUACUGCUGGAGCUGCUAAGUAG